CCCCACUGGAGAUCGAGGUCGGGCGCCCUCAGAAGAAAGCGAAGGCGGCACAUUCGAAGGGGGCCGAGGAGGGCUCUCGUCGGGGGGAUGCCGGGCCCAACCGACGGGCGGCUGGGAAGGGUCUGCGCCCUACCUCCGUCCGCGAUCUGUGCCGAUUGCCAGCCAGGGACGGGGAGCCAUACCUGACGUGGCUAGUGAGCGAGGUCUCACUCGGGGAAUCCAACAACACCCUAGUCGCCCGCUGGGGGGGCUUGUCCCGGGGGGACAGAGUGUGGGCCGGAUGGGAUCCCUCCGCGGCGUACCUCCGAGGCGCGCUUCAUCCCGACAUGGCUCGGGAUUUGUACGUCUUGCCCUCGGAGGUGCUGCUCAACAAGUCCGCUCAGUCGCUGACCUGGGGCCUCCAUUAUGCAACGGCCCUGAUGGACAAGGUGCGUGACGCCGGCCGGGUCAUCGGGGGCUUGGUCAACCGUAAUGUCGAGCUCCAUCGCCAAGUCGAGGAGGUCCGCGCCGGGGCCGGACCAGAGGCUGUGACGUUUGUCGAAAAGCGCACAGCGGAGUCCGAGGCGGAGGCGGCUCGCCUCAAAUCGGAGCUCGAGGCUUCCAAGAAGGCGAACGAGGAGCUUCAGAAAAUAACGAGAGUGGAGCGGACCGAGCUCCGCCUGUUGAAAACAGAGGCAAGCGCCCUUGGCAAGGCGCUAGAGGAGGCGAAGGGCGAGGCGAGAGCGGCCUCGGAGGCGCUGGCGGAGGAGGCCCGUCUUCAACCUGCCAAAGAUAAGGAGCUCCUCGAGGCGUAUAAAAAGUCCGAGGGAUUCGAACUCGGGCUAACGCGGACGGGGCGGGUAUCCUUUGAGUAUGGAUACCGUAUCGCCACGUCCCAUUUCCGCGCCCAUCACCCUGGCCUCAAGGUGGAGAAGGAUCCCUUCAUCCCUCAUCAUGAGGAUCAGGUGGUAGACAUGCCCGAGGAGGUCCCUUUUGACGAUCGCCUGGACGCCCCGUGAAAAAGGGGGGUUUUGUAUUUUUGUUUUCUAAGGCGUUUCAACUGAUUUUGUAAGUGGGGUCAAGUCCUGUAAGCUUGUUUUUUGAA